AUAAAGCCAGACACCAGGAUUUUGCCAGCUCCUAGCCCAGAGGAGCCACCAAGAAGAGGAAGAAUGGAGAAGCCAUCCAAAGCCAAAUAUCGGAGUCAUGGUAGCUUUCACCCUGAGGAGACCAGAAAAGGAAUGUUUGGGCUAAAACUGAAGAAAAAGAAGAAUAAAGCAGAGAAGGGGUUAAUCCUAGCCAACAAAGGGGCCCAAGACGGUCAAGCUGAAGCAGAAGCACCACAGGAGGGACCUUCUCACCAGGAAGGCCUGGGAGGAGAUUUGAUUUCUGACAAUACUUCCAUCACUCCUGUCCCCUCAUCUCCUCCAAAGAGAAGAUCAAAACUGUUGACUAAGAUCCACGAUGGGGAGGUCAGAUCCCAAAAUUACCAAAUUGCCAUAACCAUCACGGAGGCCCGCCAGCUGGUGGGUGAGAACAUAGAUCCUGUUGUGAUCGUCGAGGUCGGGGACGAGAAGAAGCAAAGCACAGUGAAGGAAGGAACCAACAGCCCAUUUUACAACGAAUACUUUGUUUUCGACUUCAUCGGGCCCCAGUUGCAUCUUUUUGACAAGAUCAUCAAAAUCUCAGUCUUUCACCACAAGCUGAUAGGAAGUGUACUGAUUGGCUCCUUCAAAGUGGACCUGGGGACCGUGUACAACCAACCUGGUCAUCAGUUCUGUGACAAGUGGGCCCUGCUCACGGAUCCUGGUGACAUCAGGACUGGCACGAAGGGGUACCUGAAGUGUGACAUCAGCGUGACUGGAAAAGGAGAUGUCUUAAAGCCCAACCCCAAAACCUCUGAUGCCGAGGAGCAAAUAGAAAAGAACCUCUUGAUCCCUCAAGGGUUUCCGUCAGAGAGGCCCUGGGCCAGGUUCUACGUGAGACUCUACAAAGCCGAAGGGCUGCCCAAGGUGAACUCCAGCAUCAUGGCGAAUGUCACCAAAGCGUUUGUGGGUGACAGUAAAGACCUCGUGGAUCCCUUUGUGGAGGUCUCCUUCGCUGGGCAGACGGGGCGAACCACAGUGCAGAAGAACUGUGCUGAUCCCGUGUGGCAUGAACAGGUGGUCUUCAAGGAAAUGUUCCCUCCGUUGUGUCGGAGGGUAAAAAUCCAGGUGUGGGAUGAAGGCAGCAUGAAUGAUAUAGUGCUGGCAACCCACUUCAUUGACUUGAAGAAAAUCUCCAAUGAACAGGAUGGAGACAAAGGCUUCCUGCCCACGUUUGGACCUGCCUGGAUUAACCUGUAUGGCUCACCCAGGAACCACAGUCUGAUGGAUGACUACCAGGAACUGAAUGAAGGCUUCGGAGAAGGCGUGUCAUUCCGGGGCAGGAUCUUGGUGGAGAUUGCUGUGGAGAUCCUCUCGGGAGGGGCACAGGAGUCUAAAUUCUCCAAGGCGCUCAAGGAGUUCAAGUUGUCUCCGAAGGACAAAGACUCCAAAUCUUCCAAAGGCGCGAGUAAAGACAAGGGUGACAAAACCGACGAUGGCAAACCCCAGCAGGCUUCAGACAAAACCAACUCAACAGAGGUGGAGGUGGAGCCUUUCGAUGUGCCCCCAGAGAUUGUACCAGAAAAACAUGAGGAAUUUUUACUCUUUGGAGCAUUUUUCGAAGCUACCAUGAUCGACCGGAGGAUCGGAGAUAAACCCAUUAGCUUUGAAGUUUCUAUUGGUAAUUUUGGGAACCUGAUUGAUGGAGGGUUGCAUCACAGGAGUAGGAAGAAGUCAGCAGACUUAGCUGAAGAAGACGCUCUGCCACUUCUGCACGAAGGAGAAGGGGACGCAGCCCAUGAUGUCGCCAUUCCUCUGGUCUCCACCACUCACCCAGAGAAGCCACUCAUGACAGAAGGGAACAGGAAUUACAACUAUUUGCCAUUUGAGGGCAAGAAGCCCUGUGUCUACUUUGUUAGUUCUUGGGGAGACCAGACGUUUAGGCUGCAUUGGUCCAACAUGCUGGAGAAGAUGGCAGACCUCCUGGAAGAAGGUAUAGAGGAAGUAAAAGAAUUGAUUAAGAUUUCAGAGGAAGCCCCAGAAGAGAAAAUGAAGAUGGUGCUCAGUGACUUUAUCAGUCAAAGCAGCGCCUUUAUCUCUGAAGCAGAAAAGAAGCCCAAGAUGUUAAACCAAACCAAUUUAGAUAAGAAACGACUUACGCUCUGUUGGCAGGAGCUGGAGGCGAUAGCCAAGGAGGCCAAGGGGCUCACUCAGCAGCAGAAGAAAAAGUUAUCUCUUGAAGAAAUGAUCCAGACAGCCCAAAACUUUGUGGAAAAAAUCCGCUUUCUUGUGGAUGAGCCACAGCAUACAAUCCCUGACGUCUUCAUCUGGAUGCUGAGCAACAACAAGAGGGUGGCGUAUGCCCGCAUCGCCGCCAAGGACCUGCUGUAUUCCCCCAUCAGGGACCAGAUGGGUCAACACUGCGGGAAGAUCAAAACUCAUUUCCUCAAACUUCCUGGAAAACGGCCGGCUGGUUGGUCGGUACAAGCAAAAAUUGAUGUCUACCUGUGGCUGGGCUCCACCAAACACUCUAGUGCCAUUUUGAACAACUUGCCAGCAGGCUAUGAAGCAGAAAUGUCCUCCAAAGAGGCUGGCACCCAUCAACCACCAGACAACCUGCUCUACCAAGAUCGGCACGUCUUUCAGCUGAGAGCUCACAUGUACCAAGCCCGGGGCCUCAUCGCAGCCGACAGCAACGGACUCUCAGACCCUUUUGCUAAGGUCACAUUCCUUUCCCACUGCCAGACCACAAAGGUCAUUCCCCAGACCCUGUCCCCCACCUGGAACCAGAUGCUCCUGUUCAAUGACCUGGUGCUGCACGGAGACCAGAAGGAGCUGGCAGAAUCCCCGCCCUUAGUGGUGGUGGAGCUAUACGACAGUGAUGCGGUGGGGAAGCCAGAAUAUUUGGGUGCCACUGUGGCUGCUCCUGUGGUGAAGCUGGCUGACCAGGACUAUGAGCCCCCCAGGCUGUGCUAUCACCCCAUCUUUUGUGGGAACCUCUCUGGAGGGGACCUCCUUGCUGUAUUUGAACUCCUGCAGGUCCCCAUGUCUGGGCUGCAAGGGCUCCCUCCCUUUGACCCACCCGAUGUCACCCAGAUCUACCCUGUUCCUGCCAGCAUCCGGCCAGUGCUGAGUAAAUACCGCGUGGAGGUUCUCUUCUGGGGAGUCCGAGAAAUGAAGAAGGUGCAGCUCCUCUCGGUGGAUCGUCCCCAGGUCCUCAUCGAGUGUGGGGGACGCGGCGUCAAGUCUUGUGUGAUCCAGAGCUACAAGAACAACCCAAACUUCAACGUCCAGGCAGAUGCUUUUGAAGUGGAACUGCCUGAGAACGAGCUUCUGCACCCGCCCCUGAGCAUCUGUGUGGUGGACUGGAGAGCCUUCGGGAGGAGCACCCUGGUGGGCACUUACACCAUCAACUGCUUGAAACAGUUUUUGUGCAAAUCCAGGGAGCCCCUCAGCCUCACCUCACAGGUGGACAGAGCCCAAGUUGAGAAAGAUAUUUCAGAUUCAUCAGUUGCCACUGAGCCUUCUGAGACCCUCAGCUCUGCUCAGGAGCAACCAAAAGCUCAUGUCUUUGUGGAUAUUGAGCUGCCUCCCACAGUGGUACCUGACUCAGCCCAGGGUCAGGCAGCCAACCUGAUUGACAUCCCUGACUCGUCCCCUAUGCUGGAGCCAGAACACAAACCUGCAUCCCAGGAGCCACCAAAAGAUGGAAAAGCUAAGGACCCCAGGAAACCUUCCCGGAGGUCUACUAAAAGGAGAAAGAGGACCAUCGCUGAUGAAUCGGCUGAAAAUGUCAUUGACUGGUGGUCAAAAUACUAUGCCUCCCUGAAGAAAGCACAGAAGGAAAAGGAGAGCAAUUCCAAGGAACAAAAAAGCAACACAGAGGCGAAACCAGAUGAGGUAGUGGUAAAUAUAGACAGCCCGAAGAAGAAGAAAGACAAAAUACUCAAGAAAAAACCCAAAGAAGAUGAAAUGCCCAACCUGGCCGUCUUGCAGAUAUAUGAUGGGGAUCUCGAGAGUGAAUUCAACAAUUUUGAAGACUGGGUGAAAACCUUUGAUCUGCUCAGAGGCAAGUCUAUGGAAGAUGACCAAGGCCUCGAUGGAGACCGAGUCAUAGGAAAGUUUAAGGGCUCUUUCUGCAUCUACAAAAGCCUGGAGGAUUCCAGUUUCGAGGACAGCGGGCAGCUGAGAAUCCAGCAAGGGAUUCCCCCCAACCACCCCGUCAAAGUCCUGAUCAGGGUGUACAUUGUUGCGGCAUUUAAUCUUAGUCCAGCUGAUCCAGAUGGCAAAUCAGAUCCCUACAUUGUGAUCAAGCUUGGCAAAACUGAAAUCAAAGACCGGGACAAAUACAUCCCUAAACAACUGAACCCAGUAUUUGGAAGGUCAUUUGAGAUCCAGGCCACGUUCCCGAAGGAGUCCUUGCUCUCCGUGCUGAUCUACGACCAUGACUUGAUUGGGACAGACGACCUCAUUGGUGAGACCAGGAUUGACCUGGAGAACCGCUUCUACAGCAAACACCGAGCCAUCUGUGGCUUGCAGAGUCAGUACGAGAUAGAAGGAUACAAUGCUUGGCGAGACACAUCCAAACCUACCGAAAUCCUCACCAGGCUCUGCAAAGACAGCAAGCUGGAUGGCCCCUACUUCCGCCCUGGGAAAAUACAGAUAGGAAACCAGGUCUUUUCUGGAAAAACAACCUUUACCGAGGAGGACACGGAUGAGACGGUGGAGUCGUAUGAGCACUUGGCCCUCAGGGUUUUACACUCCUGGGAGGAUAUUCCCGAGGUUGGGUGUAGGCUGGUUCCUGAGCACAUAGAAACACGGCCACUGUACCACAGGGAUAAGCCCGGAAUGGAGCAGGGCCGUCUGCAGAUGUGGGUGGAUAUGUUUCCUGAAGAUAUGCCUCAGCCUGGACCUCCUGUUGACAUUUCGCCAAGGAAACCCAAAGGGUAUGAACUGAGAGUAACUAUCUGGAACACAGAAGAUGUCAUUUUGGAGGAUGAGAAUAUUUUCACAGGACAAAAAUCGAGUGAUAUUUAUGUUAAAGGGUGGUUAAAGGGUUUGGAAGAUGACAAGCAGGAGACAGACGUGCAUUACAACUCCCUGACCGGAGAGGGGAACUUCAACUGGCGCUUUCUAUUUCCGUUUCAGUAUCUCCCAGCAGAGAAGCAAAUGGUCAUUUCCAAGAGGGAGAAUAUAUUUUCGUUAGAGAAGAUGGAGUGUAAGACACCAGCUGUGUUGGUGCUCCAGGUUUGGGAUUUUGAAAGGCUGUCUUCAGAUGAUUUUCUGGGCUCCCUGGAGAUGAACCUCAAUAGUUUCCCCCGAGCAGCGAAGUCUGCCAAAGCCUGUGAUCUCACCAAAUUUGAAAAUGCAAGUGAGGAGAACAAGAUUUCCAUAUUCCAGCAAAAGCGUGUGCGGGGCUGGUGGCCUUUUGCUAAAAGCAAAGAACUCACAGGCAAGGUUGAAGCCGAGUUCCACCUCGUGACGGCAGAGGAAGCUGAGAAAAAUCCUGUUGGAAAAGCCCGAAAAGAGCCAGAGCCCCUGGACAAGCCCAACCGCCCGAACACCUCCUUCUCUUGGUUCGUGAGCCCCUUCAAGUGCCUGUACCACCUCAUCUGGAGGAAUUACAAGAAGUACAUCAUCAUCGGUUUCAUUCUGAUCAUCCUCAUCAUCUUCCUGGUCCUCUUCAUCUAUACCUUGCCGGGAGCCAUCAGCCAAAGAAUUGUUGGGGGCUCGUAGAGAGUCAUGGGGAAUCCAGACCUUCCCUUUCUGCUGAUCCCCUCUUCUUUCUCAUCUGUAAAUAGAUAGAUAGGAAUGUGUGCUCUGUGCAAGCACCAUACUGGGUGCUAAGGGGGUAAACCCAAAGACCUAAGAGUCACUCCCUAUAACUAAAGACACAUCAGCUCUUCUUGGAGGAAAUUGGAGAGGAACAGUCCCUCCCUACUUCAACCCCUGCUACCCCCUUUUCCAACUGAAAAGACUUAAGUCAUGGUUUUGCCCAUGGGCAGCAUGAAAUAAUGGUUCCUUUACCCUAUAGUAAUCACUGGUGACCUCAAAUUGACUUAGGUGAAUAUUUUCUUUCCAUAUUUGGUUUUAUUCUGAGUUUAAUUCUAGGUCUCAGAUAUUAUUGGAAACACUUCUUUUUAAGUAUUAAGUAAAUUUUUUUACUGCAAAUUAAACUAAAAGCAUUUUAGCAAAUUACUAGAUGUUUAACCUGUCCCAUAUAUCUUCAGUUCAGUUCAGUUCAGUCGCUCAGUCGUGUCCACAGGACUGGAAAAGGUCAGUUUUCAUUCCAAUCCCAAAGAAAGGCUCAAACUACCGCACAAUUGCACUCAUCUCACACACUAGUAAAGCAAUGCUCAAAAUUCUCCAAGCCAGGCUUCAGCAAUAUGUGAACCGUGAACUUCCAGAUGUUCAAGCUGCUUUUAGAAAAGGCAGAGGAACCAGAGAUCAAACUGCCAACAUCCGCUGGAUCAUUGAAAAAGUAAGAGAGUUCCAGAAAAACAUCUAUUUCUGCUUUAUUGACUAUGCCAAAGCCUUUGACUGUGUGGAUCACAAUAAACUGUGGAAAAUUCUGAAACAGAUGGGAAUACCAGACCACCUGACCCAUAUAUCUUAACCUUGUUUUAAUCCUUACAGUUUAUAGGACACAUUCAGUUAUUCAGGCUGAGAAGCUGUCUAGGAAUAAACUUUAUAUAUACCACUUAAAAUACUUUAUCAUUGAAAGUCCCAUCUAAAAAGGAGAUGUUGCUGGUUCUCCAUUAAAUGCUUGUAGAACAUGCUCAGUAGUAGUAGUGAGUUCUGGAGAAGUCCAUUUGUGUUUAUGCUAAAUGGAUUUAGCAUAUGGCAAUUUCCAAGUGGGAAUUAAAAUAUGAUUCUAGGUAUGUGUGAAUAGGAUGGGAGCUCCAUGAGACCAGUAGGAAUUCUCUUUAGUCAGAUAUAUAAUCCCCACCAAAUAUGGUGUUCCCCUAGCCCUACACCGUGAUGUGAAUAACCAUCCUUUGCAUUAUUCAGUCUUACCACCAUAUAUGGUGGGUUCUGUCAUGACUCUUAAGCACAGAUUAAUUUCAAAAGCAGUAUUAGAAACAACACCCAAUACACUUGUCAGAUGGGGUCAGUUUUUCUUAAAUUAAAUCUUUGAUCUUCAAAGUAACACAGUCUAGAUCUGCCAUCCCAUCUAAAGCAGGGAGCGGAAGUGAGGGACUAGCGUUCUCAGGUGAAAUAGGAAACAAAAGAAUGGGAAUGUUUGGCCUCAAACACGAAUAAGUAUGGCAACCGUUUCUUUCUUUCUUUCUUGAGGGGCCAUUUGGUGGUAUGGAGGAAGCUGGAUUGGGGUUCCCCUCUCGACACCAGAAGCACUGGGGCUACUGUUUUCUUUAGAUAGUCUUACACAUAGCUCAGCUGCUAAAGAAUCUGCCUGCGAUGAGGGAGACCUGGCUUUGAUUCCUGGGUUGGGAAGAUCCCCUGGAGAAGGGAAAGGCUACCCACUCCAGUAUUCUGGCCUGGAGAAUUCCAUGGACUCCAUAGUCCACGGGGUCGCAAAGAGCUGGACACGACUGAACGACUUUCAGUUCACUUCACACAUGUGUUAUUUCUGUAAAAUGACGCAUGUUACUUCCACAUGAGAAGUCAUUUAGAAUGUUCCUGAUUCAUAAAAGAUUGAAGUAUUAGUGUUGUUCCCUAAAUUCUAAACACUCACUCCUUAGUAAACAUAUGUCCUAUUUUCUUAAAGUGCUAAAAACUAGAGCAUUUAUAGCAUGAGGAUGUUUCCUAGUGUGAUUAGUUACAUAAACUAUGGAUCAUUCUUACUAUGAAAUAACAGACAUCAAGAAUGACAUAGCUCAAAUUACUUGAUGGCAUGGAAUAUAUACAUUGAGUACAUUGUAAAUUAAAAAAAAAAACUAUGUAUAGCAUGAUUUAAAAAGAAAAAUAUGUACAUAUGCAUACAUUAAAUGUCUGGAGGAAUAUGCCAAAGUGUUAAUAGUGGUCAUCUUUAAAUAGCAGUUGGAGAAGGAAAUGGCAACCCACUCCACUACUCUUGCCUGGAAAAUCCCAUGGACAGAGGAGCCUAGUAGGCUAUAGUCCAUGGGGUCACAAAGAGUCAGACACGACUGAACGACUUCACUUUCACUUUAAGUAGCAGUAUCUUUUCUUUCCCUUCUUGUUUCUCUAUUUUUCCUAAGACUUCUAAAAUAAAU